ACAAGGAGUACGAGUAAAACGCGAAGUUAGACAAGAGGCUGUUCAUUUGAGAAAUAGAAGAGCUAUGACCACUAAAUUCACAGUGCGAGAAGGCGAGUACGUUGAUGUGGAUUUAGUCCGAGAAUUGGAUCUCCCUUCAAAUGGAAAAUCAUACACGUUCAUGUGGUCCCCUGCAGAUGGGGAGUUGCGAGUGGAGGCGAAUACUGGCAAACUGGUCUCAACUGUCCCGAUGGACUAUGAGAAGCAGAGACACCAUUGGGUGAUGUUGCAGGUGUUCGAAAACGACAAGGAUUACGAUGUACAAAAAGAAAUCAAGUCUGUGAACUUGACAGUGCAAGUGGAGGACACGAAUGACUCCCCUCCCUCUAUCCUCAACCCCCUCCCUCUCAGGGCCAGUGCAUACCCAGUGGACAAUCUGUCAGUGGGGGACACAGUGUACACUCUGCUGUUGAAUGACCCAGACUCAGUUGGGAGUAAGAGGAGACAGUGGACUCUGACCACUACUACCUCCACUAAUAAACAGACGUCAUUAGGGUCCGCGUGUAGCCAUAGUCCCUGUACUUAUGCUAUGGAAUACUUCGAAUUUGGUGUGACUCUCUCUUCUGCAGCCGGAAACGGAAAAGCCGGCGGAUUCUUCUAUCCGAACUCACGUGACCCAGCCAAGAUAGAAAAGGUGCCCAUAGUUGUAAGAAAAACACCCAUACCUCCGAAUGCUGAGUUCAUCUUCCCGAUUAGAAUCGUUGACGAGGUCGGCAACUUUGUUGAGUCGACUAUCUCGAUUCUCUCGGCUCCUCGACCUCCACAGUUCCAGCAGACAAGCUACAAAUUUGAGAUUCCAGAAGCGACCCCUGUCAAUACAAAGAUCGGUGCUAUCAAAGCAGUCUCCUUCUCAGACGCCACCAUAGCCUACUCUAUGCAAGUGCUGGCAGGCAGCAACUCCAUGUUCAAAAUAGACAGCUACCAGGGCAUCCUCACUCUCAAACAGACUCUUGACUUCGACAUAGCCGCAGAUGAUCCCUCCUCCAGGGAGUUUAAGUUGCAAGUGACUGCAAGUGAGAGCAAGAUUGGGGGAUUUGCCUCGUCGGUCAUCGUGGAGGUGAUGGUAACAGACAGCAACGACUGUGCGCCUUCGUUCGAUAAGCCAGUCUACAUUGUGCCCGAACUGUCCGAAAUUGCACCCAUCGGCCAAACUAUCCUAACAGCUAGAGCUACUGAUUGUGACACUACGUGGCCAAACAACCAAAUCACCAUCUACUCCACCGACCCCAGAUUCUUUUUCGACAACGCCACUUCCACUCUCAAAGUUGCAUCCAAACUAGACUUCGAAGACACGAAUCAAAAUCAGUUUGAAUUCACGCUCGUUGCUCGAGACGGGGGACGACCCCCGUUGACUGGAACUGCACAUGUGAAGAUAAAACUCGUGAACAAAGCUGACGAGCCGCCGGUUUUCGUGAAUACCGAUGCGGACGGUGGGUAUUCAGAACGCGUUUCCGAGUCAAUAACUGAUGAAACAAUUGUCGCGAAGGUUGAUGCGGUUGACCCGGACGGUCUAGCAGAUAAAAUUCGAUUCUAUUUUGAAGAAUCGACCUUUGAUAACCCGUUUUAUAUCAACGAGGAAACCGGAAUUGUAAAGAAAAAAUCAGGAUCUGCUCUUAGCCAAUCAAAAUACAAGCUGAGAAUCAGAGCUGUGGAUGACGUCACAGCUGCGAGAGGUGACGAGAAGAAAGAGGCGUUUGCUCCUCUAACUAUUGAAAUUAACGAGGAGAAUAAUCAUAAGCCCAUGUUCAAAAAUUGUGAUGGAGUUAGACAGGUGAGCGAGUCAGCUCAAGUGGGUAGUGUCGUUUUCGAAGUGGAGGCCAUAGAUGAGGACAGUGGCAGGUAUGGUCAGGUGAAGUAUGGACUAGUGGCACUUUUGGCCAGCUCCAACUCAGAGCCAGAGUUCCAGAUCAGACAAAAGAGAGCGGAGGACCAGAACCAAAAAAGCAAAGUGAGAAUGAUCGGAGAAGUGAUCCUGCUUCGAAAGGUAUCAAGAGAUGACGGGGACUUCCGAACACUCACCAUCAAUGCCACCGAUACCUACUCCCCCCAAGACGACACUUUGCUUCCCAUGAACUUAAAUGUCGGAGUCUGCACAAUCACUGUCCAAAUAAUCGACGCCAACGAUAAAAAACCAAUCUUCGCGAGUUCCAAUUACGAAGUGGAUAUACCGAGUGUGAAAAAAGUAGGCGAACCGAUCAUUCGGGUAGUUGCAUACGACAACGAUUUGAACGAAAACGGCGAAGUUUUCUACACUCUAGUAGACCCGAGACGAAGCGGAAAUUUCCAGAUUGAUCGCAUUACCGGUGAUAUUUCAGUUAACAGUCGUAAACUCGCCGAUAUUCGAAUAGACACUAAGUUUGAUUUAAUUGUAACGGCGACGGAUCGAGGACAACCACCUCGAAGCACUAAUACUUCUGUCGUGAUCAAAGUUUUGGCUAACUCUGACAUUAAGCCCCCGAGAUUUACAAUUUCGGAUACGAAUAUCUCGGUGUCUGAGAAUCACCCUAUAGGAACAGCCAGGGGAAAAGAAAUUGGGUUGUUCCAGGCAAGAGCAGAUAAUUUUGAGACUGUGUUGAUUACUUUGCAAACGGGAACUACACUCGAGACGAAUAGUGACAAGACGUUUGCAAUUCCUGCAACUGCCGAUGAUCAGAGUAAACUGUAUGUGGUUAAGCCGAUCGACUACGAGAAAAUAAAAAGCUACUACUUGACUGUGAAAGCAGCCUUGGCCUCCAACCAGAACAUCUACACUCUCUUACACGUGACGAUAGAAGUGGGAGACAAGAAUGACGAAGUGCCCGAGUUCGUCACCCCAGACGAGACCUUCUACGGGUCUGUGAAGGAGGACGACUCACCCGGCACUUACGUGGCCACUGUCAGGGCAGAAGACAAGGAUUUGGGACUAGGAGGGGAGGUUUCAUACUCGAUCCCCUCAAGCAGCUCCUCCAGUGCCUCCUACUUUGCAAUCGAUGAAGUCUCGGGAAUUGUCACUCUGCAGAAAUCUCUACGCACCAUGGAUCCUCCUAGGAGCUCCAUCCAUCUCAACGUCCAGGCCAAAGACCAGGCGCCCAGCUCCAAUCCAGGCACACAGGGACCCAAUGUGAACAGUGUGUAUGUGGCUAUUACGAUCAUAGAUGUGAACGAUCAUCCGCCGAAGUUCGAUCAGGAUGUCUACUAUGUGAAUGUGAAGGAGACGACGCCUAUAGGGGAGGUGCUGAAAACUGUCACUGCAACUGACGAGGACAACGUUCUGGACCAGAUAAUCACGUACCGCAUUGAGCGUGGCAACAUCGGUGGGGCUUUUGAAAUCAACCACGACUCCGGUGUCAUCAAACUAGUGCGACCUCUGGACUACGAUUUCGGACAGCAGUCGUACAACUUAACAGUUCUGGCGAGUGAUGGCAAACUGUCUGGCCGUGCCUAUGUACAGGUCAAUGUGAUUGAUGAGAAUGAUGAGGCGCCUAAGUUUGAUAUGGAUCUCUAUGUGGCGGAAGCGGUGGAGAACUCGCCGAUUGGAACCGUCAUUAUCAAGGUGCAAGCGGUGGACCAGGAUCUGUACUUGAACCCCCCUGGGGAGGUGAGAUAUAGAUUGGAGGGGGAUGGGGCCAAUGAUCAGUUUUCAAUCAACGAGGUCACAGGAGUUGUCAAGAUCAGGAAGAAUUUGGACAGAGAGGAAAGGCCGGUUUGGAACCUCCUUGUCUUUGCCGAGGACAUCUCGCCCAAUGUUGUGCCAAACUCAGACCAAUUAGCUUCUGCCGAACUGUCCAUAGAAGUUCGCGAUGUCAACGACAAUGCACCUUACUUCAUACUACCCGACAAGCGAGGCACCAUUCCCGAGAACCGACCGGCGCCUUCUCUUGUAAUGACGAUGCCUGCUAAAGACGCGGACGAAAACAGCGUGAUCACAUACGAGUUAAUCGACGGUCCUUUAGACUUAUUCGAGAUCGAUCCGGAAACUUCCGAAAUUCGAACCCUACAAGAACUGGAUCGCGAGGGCGACAGAGGAUUCCAGUUUGAACUUCUGGUCCAGGCUAAAGAUGAAGACGGAGCGAUUGCAACUGGAGUAGCUUUUAUCGAAGUUUCGGACGUCAACGACAACCCACCGUUUUGCGAACGAGAAUCAUACACGAUUUCGGUAUCUGAAGGCGCCAUUAGUGGCCAAUCUGUUUUUAUUUUCAACGUUGAAGACAAAGAUUCAAAUGCUGUCAAUGGUAUGAACAAAGUAACGAUAAGUGAAGGGAAUAUCAACACUGUGUUUGAUGUGACUAACCCAUCUUCGGGAGGUGUUGUCAACUUGCUGAUAUCUAGUUUAGAGGAGCGAGGAAUCAUCGAUUAUGAAAGUGACCGCAAAACAUACAACCUCACAAUUGAUGUAUGGGACGACACCUUCAGCAAUAUCCCAGCCAAGUGCAAAAUCGACGUCACAGUUUUGGACUACAACGACAACGCUCCUAUUUUCGAUCCCUCGACGGUUCCGGCCGUUGAAGUUGACGAAGACGUCGCAGUUGGAUACGUAAUAGCAACGGUCCACGCGACAGAUCGAGAUGAAGAUGGACAACAAGAUAUCCGAUUUGAAGUCGACUGGGAAACGGACGUCCAUGACUGGUUUAAAGUCGAACCCGACUUGAACAACCCGAGAGUGGGUAAAGUUAUGGUGAAAAACCCGCUCGACCGAGAAAUGGUCACGAUCGAGGAUCGAACUGCAGUUUAUAGUUUUAAUGUGCUGGCAAUCGACAGGCCGAGUAAUAUUGAAUUUCCCAGACUUCAGGGCUCAAUCGGAAUUGUCGUGACUAUUCGUGAUGUAAAUGACAAUGCUCCAGUUUGGGCUGAAAAUUACAAACCGGAAAUUAGGGAAAACGAAGGUCCAGGUACAUGGGUCCAGAUUCUGGAAGCGAUUGAUUUCGAUAAUGACAAUGAUGGGAACGGGGAGCCAAUAAGCAUUGAAUGGGCGGAUCCAGACACUGUCAAUCCGGAUUUUGAGCUGGAGAAGUUUCCAGGGACCAAUAUGGCGAAGCUGAGAAAUAAACGUCCAUUUGAUCGUGAAAAGACGCCUUCUUUCCUGCUUGAAUUUGAGCUGUGUGACAGUCCUAGUGCCAAUCCCCAGAUGUGUGCCAUCAGACCUCUGGUCGUGUCUGUCCUGGAUGAAAAUGAGUUCCCGCCCUCAGAUGGAAACACAUACAUACACGCAUACGUAUGGCCAGAACUGGGCAACACAGUUGACAUCUCGACUGGUAUCCUCAACCGGGAGAUUGGUGACGUCAUGGUCACAGACCCGGACUGCUGCAACAGAACUACUCAGUCCUACGAAAUGAUCACCACAGACAAACAACUGCGCCAGUACUUCUCACUGUCUAAAAACUUUGUCACUCUAUCCCAGGGAACACCUCCCGGAAGGUACUUCCUGAAAGUUAGGGUGACGGACUCCCUGUUUCCGAGUGCGGUUGCAAUUAGUAGUAUCGAAGUUUACGUGGAACUGCUGGAGCAUGACGCCAUGGACAACGCACUCGCUCUCAGAAUUAAAGGUAUGUCGUCGCGAGAGUUUGUAACAAAACCGAAAAUCAACGAAAAAAGCACCAAAGACAAAUUCUCAGAAGAAGCGGCCAAACUUUUAAAAACACAGGCACGCUACGUAGAGAUCUUCAGCGUCAACGAUGUUCCUGUUUCAAACUUACCGGUCUACCCUCAGAUAUUUGAGCCCCCCACUAUUGACAUUGUGUUCGCGGCACAUGGGUCACCCUACUACCAGCAGUCGAAGAUGUAUGGAAUCAUGGCUGAGAACAAACAAGAGGUGGCGCGAGAGAUCCAGUUUGAAGACGGUGUCGUCGAAUUAGUCCUGGAAGACAUCCCUUUGAACCUCUGCGGACCCGGUGUCUGCUCCGACCAAAUUGAUGAGUCAUGUGCCACAAUGCUAACCUUCGCCAAUAAACCAGUUCCAGUUCUGGGCCAGUCGAACGCCUUUGUUGGAAUCGAUGUUGGAGUCGAGCCACAGUGCGGAGUGUGUGAGGCACUUCAGAUGAUUACUCUUCCGGACGGGUUCAGACCAGAGGCACAUCCGGAUCCCUGUUUCGCAGAUCCCUGUCAGAAUGGCGGCCAGUGCAAACCAGUGGUGACAAAAGUGGUGGCAAAUCAGGCCUACUAUUCGUACAGAUGCACGUGCAGUCCAGCCUACAGUGGUCCCAACUGUGAACUUGACACUUUGACCUUCAACGGAGACGGGUUCUCCUGGUUCGAUUCUAUCCCGCUCUGCGCAGAAACCACAAUCUCUCUCCAGUUCUCAACCAUUGAGGAAGAUGGACUCUUAUUCUACAACGGACCAAUCACAGAUGAUACCAGCAAACCCGACUUCAUUGCUCUCGUCUUGUUCGGAGGCGCGCUGAAGCUCAUCUCGGAUUUCGGAAACGGAGUGCAAGUAGCUCAAUUGUCCAAAGAUCCCUCCCAUCCUCUCAAUGAUGGCAACUGGCACACUGUUGACAUUAUGAUUGAGAAAGAUCUCAUCAAAAUGGAAGUAGACAUGUGCAAGAAUUCCUUCAUCAAGGAGGAGUCCUCGACGUCUUCUCAAGAUUACUACACCUGUUUCCUGGUGCAAUACCUCAAGGGAAGGAGCCUGGACCUGAAUGCGCCUCUGCAAGUUGGAGGAGUCUCCGAUCCGGAUGUUCUGGAAUCAAGUGUGAUUGACACUGGGUUCGAUGGUUGUGUGCGUGAGUUCCUGAUCAAUGGCAAGAUAGUAGAUUUCAGUGAUCCAGCCAAGACUGAAAACACGAGAGAGAGUUGUGAGGACCAGGAGGAGUUCUGCAUAGACGAGACAGGCAGACCUAGGUGUGGACAGCAUGGCAAGUGUGUGGCCUCCAUGUUCAAGUUCCUCUACUGCGACUGCCAUCCGAGAUACGAGGGAACCACCUGUCUAAUUAAGUCCCCCGAGUACACUUUUGGUCCAAGUGACUCUCUCAUCCGCUACUCUGUCGACCCGAAGGGACCCGCCGCCAGCACCCUCCUCAACGCCCGCAACACCGAAAUCACCCUGUCCUUCCGCUCCACCGCCAAAGACGUCUCUGAGAUGAUACUCCUCGGGUUCCACGACUCAAAUGACGCAGGGUUCAUCCGCAUCUACAUCGCGAAGAGUAUUUUGUCUUUGAAGCAUAAUUUAGGAGGAAGGGGAGAAGAGAUUUUGCAGCUGGAGAGCAGAAAUGUGACUGAUGGUCAGUGGCAUUCGGUGAGAGUUAUGAGAGACGGAAAGAGGUUUAAGAUGUUCCUGGAUGGAGGUGGUGAACGUGGCACGAUGGUCUACUCAUCCGAGGGCACCCUUCGUCUCCUUCAAAUAGACCCAGAGUCCAUCAUGAUUGGAGGAUACAUCUCCGAAACCAGUGGCGAAUAUGACGUCACGUCUAAUUUCCAGGGAUGCAUCUCUGACGUCAGAUUCAACAGGAUCCAACUCCCACUCGGAUACUCCUCAACUUUGGCUGGAGUGUCGGUGGCUAACAGGACUGGGAUUACGGAAGGAUGUAAUCCAGAUCCCUGCGGAUCUCCAGGAGUGACAUGCCCUGGAAGUCUGAUCUGUGUUCCAGUGUUUGAUCAAGCUCAUUGCGCAUGUCCCGUUGGUACUCGACUGAAUGACUUCGACCAGUGUGUGGACAUACUAGAGUGUGAUCUAUACAAACCCUGUGUUCACGCAAUAGAAUGCAGAGACGUGUUUGGAUCGUACGAGUGUGAGUGUGAGAAUGACUGGAGCGGCAGGAACUGCGACGAGGCUGGACCCGCUGCUCUGGUAGCCACUGCCACUCUCUCCCUCGCGGCCAUCAUAGUCAUCCUAUGUGCCAUCAUAUUCCUCCUUUUGAUUCUGAUGUUGUUCUGCUACUGCCGUGCGGGCAAAAAAGCGAAAGCAUUCACGGCCGACGAUCUGGAUUUCCACGAUCAGAACAUGGGUAAAAAAGUAGUCGAGGGUGGAGGCGAAGACGACGCAGACUUCGUUCUAGACCAACUCCGAAAACCUGUCAAUCACGUGCCAUCCUUAACCCCUCCCCCUUUCCAUGCAUCUCAUACUAUAAUACCGAACGGAAAGUCCCCCUCUGUCAACCACUCGACCACGAACCUGUCAGGGGGUCCCAAAGUGAACCCCCGCUACAUCGCUUCAAGUCCGGUUCCCCAUCGAGGCACCCCGACUCCGGGACACAAUGAAGACGUCGGCAGAUACCUAAAAGCCAAGACUCACGAGCUGGACCGUCACGCUGCCAAUAUGGGGGGACAUGAUACUCUUAUGGUCUACCACUAUGAGGGCGGCGAUAGUGAUCGGGGGGAUGUUAGUGAUGUAAUGUCCCAAGCUUCGGAACCCAAUUAUGAACCCUUUCACAAAAUGGGCCCGCCUUUUCACAAAAUGGCCAACAUGUUCGCACCCAAUGGACAAACUUCCCCUCCCCCUCCCGCCCGCAACAACCCUAACACGCCCUCUCAUGCAGUGUGAUCAAAUUAACACACGCAAUCUUGCCAAAAUAAAUCUGCGAUGGGAAAGAAAACUGAGAAACUGUUUGAAAAUCGUGCAAUAGCUACUAAAAAAGACCGAAUAUUGUGAAAUUCUGGCAGCUUCAGCUGGAAAAUCAAAACUUUCAGUUAUUUCAUCAAUUUCCCCUCAAGCAACAGUGCAGUUUUCAAGUUUAUACUGCUUUUCACUUAAAUGUGUUUUUUACGCACUAAUACCACUAAUGUCUUGGCUUUUUUUUUAGCCCAAGGUGCUAGCCACUGGCUUAACUUAUUUCAAAACUAAAGUGAUAAAUUUUGAAUGUGCCUUGAGUUCUUAAUUCAUUUAUA